AUGGUACAACAGUAUAACAGCAAUGAUCUAACAGCGUUUGUUAAUGACAAUGUGCCAAAAUUAGUACCAGAUCAAAGACAUGCUUAUGAGACUAUUGUGGACAGCGUGAACAAUAACAUGGGGAGAUUAUUUUUUUUGGACGCACCAGGAGGCACCGGAAAGACUUUUCUCGCAAAUUUGAUACUUGCUAAGAUACGGCAAUCAGGGAAGAUAGCGAUUGCAGUUGCUUGGUAA